AUGAUUAAGCUGCUGAACCCUGCUUCUAGCCUCUGCUUCGCUAGCUCGCUUUGCCCGCAUGGCUUUCUUUCUUUCUUUCUUUCUUUCUUCCCUUUCUUUGCCCUGCACCUCUUGCACUCUCUUGGUGCUUGCAUGCUUCACGUGGCCCGGAGACAUGCUCGUUGCUGCUUCUGUGCUCGUCAUCUCCCUGUCUAUUCUGGUCUACAACUACCCACCUUCGACAUGGCACCUCCUUGCCUCCAGAGUGAAACACGAGCCAGACGCUGACUCUGCCCAUGCCCCCACCAAGCAUCAACCGCCCGAAGAGCCUCAGACGUCCCAAGCUGUCCCAGCUGAUAACCAAGCGGGAACCCCUUCCAGUCGCACAUCGUCGCCUUCUUCUACACCCAAGGCAGCCCUGAGGGGUGUCGCCAACGGCCCCGCUAUACCCACAUUCACCCUCAACACACACCACGAUGGUGGCAAUGACGAUAGCAACGGAGUGAACGAUGAAGACGAGGACGAUGAGGAAGACAAUCUACCUCCUCCUUCUUUCCCGGCCAUGAACUCCGCUCAGCGCGCAUCUGCUCCUCCAUCGAAACCGACCUCGCUCAUGGCACCGCCUCCCAAACCGAGCCCAUCCCUCAUGGCGCCACCACCCCGAAUCAACCCGUCAAACCUGCGGGCUCUGCCCACCUCCUCCUCAUCCAUGCGCGUCCCCACAAACGGCCCACUCCCAAAUCGAGGACCCGUCCCAAACCGGGGGCCUCCUACUU